CAAAAACACACACUCACAGACACACACUCACACACAAAAUGAGUUAAGUUGACAUUAAACAACAGUGUGUGCUAGCAGGUGGGCGUGUACGAGCGAAAGCACCUUCCCUUCCACUCGAGUCAUCACGCAUGCGCAGGCUGCCUUGGCUCUCUCUCUCUCUCUCUCUCUCUCUCUCUCUCUCUCUCUCUCUCUCUCUCUCUCUCUCUCUCUCUCUCCCGCAAGCACGCGCACACUCGCACGCGCCCACAGCCGGUGUCACAAGUGUGUCUUUCGGCCGCACAGCGCGCGCUGCGUGUCGAUGCCAACUGGAGUCACAUUUGGAUCAGUAAAUCUUGUUUUGCCGUAAAUUUGGACAUUUUCGCAGGGAGGUUUGGCGCAGGAGAAUCCGCGCGGCUGGAGCCGCUCACUCCGCUCUCUCAUCUUCAGACCUUCAACGGCCACCUAUAGCAGUGAUGACCCAUCUUCACCAAUCUCGCCACGCCUGUCUCCAUGGUUACCCAUCACCUUCUUGACUGACCUGUCCGCCACCAGAAGCUCCGCCUCCCGUCCAAUCGGCCGCCGGGAUGCACGUGACGGCCGAUGACAGGGAGGUGGAGAGCGUGGCCGUGCCUUCUCCUCCUUCUCCUCCUCCUCCUCCUCCUCCCCCCCCUGCCCCUCCUCCUCCCCCACCCCCCCUGCUUCCAGGGCUAGGAAACCCUGUAGGAGGCCUGACGAGGAAGAAGAGCGUGAGGAGUUUCUUUUGGAAGACGAUACCAGAGGAUAAGGUGAAGGGGCGUGCCAACCUGUGGACUCAGGGCCGAGUCCAGCAGCACCAGAUCGACGUCCAGACCAUCGAGGAGCUUUUCAGUAUGAACGACCGUCAAUCUAACACCAAGACCCCCAGUGGAGAGAAGCCCAGGAGCUCAUACGGAGAGCCCAAAGAGGAGGUAACCAUACUUGACUCUAAGCGAGGGAUGAACAUCGGGAUUUUCCUCAGAAAGUUCAAGAGGUCCAAUCAGACGAUAGUAGACGAUAUUCACCAUGGCAACGGCGAGCCUUAUGGGGCGGAGCCCCUGAGAGACCUGCUGAAGAUGAUGCCCGAGAAAAAAGAGGUGGAGAAGCUGAGGGCGUACCAAGGAGACGUCUCUAAGCUCUCAUUGGCUGAUUCCUUCGUCUACCUGCUGGUCCAGCUCCCCAGUUACUCGGUGCGUAUCGAGUCCAUGCUGCUGAAGAAGGAGUUUCCCGGAGCGUGCGAGGUCAUGAAACAAAACAUUAAGAUCCUUCGCUCCGCCACCAAAGAGUUGAUGUGUUGUGAGGAACUCCACGCUGUUCUCCACCUGGUGCUGCAGGCCGGAAACCUGCUCAACUCUGGAGGUUAUGCAGGAAAUGCAGUGGGUUUCAAACUGUCGUCUCUUCUUACUCUGGCUGACACCAAGGCCAACAAACCGGGCAUGAACCUGCUGCACUUUGUCGCUCUGGAAGCUCAGAAAAAAGACACCAAGCUGUUGGAGUUUCCGCUGAAGUUGAAGCACGUCCUGCCUGCAGCCAGGAUCUCCUUGGAGACGCUGGACACUGAUCUGCAGUGUCAGACGUCUCGCACGCGCUCAGUAGAGGAGAAAGUCCAGAGAGACACGGAGCUGCUGCAGCAGCUGGACAGCUUCCUGCAGUCGGCCGCCUCGACUCUGAGCGCGCUGCGCGUCAGCCGGCAGCAGCUGAAGCAGGAAGGCAGCGAGCUGAUCGACUUCUUCUGCGAAGACCGAGAGACGUUCAGACUGGACGACUGCUUCGCCAUCUUCGACGUCUUCUGCUUCAAGUUCACGCAUGCUGUCAAGGAGAACAUGGAGAGGGAGGUGAAGGAGGCUGCCAGACUCAGGAGGUUACAGGAGCUGGAGGAGCAGAAGAGACACUCGUGGGCAGCAGCCGACAGCCAGGAGGUCGCCGGAGCAUUCGGGCUGCGCUACAGCAGCGAGACGAACAUGUCGGCCGCCGCGUCACGACACGACGAUGCCGCCGCCGCCGCGCUGCUGGCGGAGCUCCUGAGCCCGAAGUGCCGCACGCGACGCUCCCGAAACUCUCCACUUAGCUCGGAGUUCAUCGCUGCUGACCGCGAGCUGAGCACGUUCCUGGGGAUGGCUAAACCUGACGCAAAAGCGGCUAAGACAGCUUUUCUAUCAGCCUCGCCCAAACGUAGAACUCCAGGACUCUCGGAAACGGUCCCAACGUGCAGCUUCCCCCAAAACAAGCAGCCUCAGGCCGGCCCGAUGGCGCCGCAAACCUCCUACUCGCCUCCCAAGACUCUUUUCAGCGAACAAAACGCAAACCGUACAACCGCCACUUACCUCAGCGACGAUGCUACCCAGAAUCAUCGAUCCAUCAAUCCCGCAAGUAAAGUUACAGUGAACGCUACCUCUGAUUCGAACCAGCAGUCCGACCACAACAACAACAAUGGCGAGGGUCGACUGGGAACGCUUCUUUUGAAAGGGAGAACGAGCCAAGCCGAUCAGGAUUUGAGCGAACGGAUCGAACUCAACGCUUCUACGACUAUGGGCGCCAUGUCUGUGGUUUUAGAGAAACGCACGUUGGUGCCUGAGCUGAAAGCGUUCGAUGAAGUCACCGCCGGGACCAGCCGCAACGCCGUUCACCGCCGCGGAUCUCACCGGGACGACGUGGCGAUCACAGAUGUGGAAGAAGAAGAGCGAGCGGACACGAAGGUGCAGAAGAACGCGGAAAAAUGUUCUGGCGAGGAAGACGAGGGAUCGGAGGAAAAGGUGGCCGUUUGGUGCGUGGCGGGUGUGUGCGAGGCGGCCGGCGAGCUCACGCACGCUGACGACACGCACGCGCAAACUGAGCAGGAUCAGCGUAGGAGCGACAAUCAGCAAGCGUCUUCUCCCCCGGCCAAUCGCACGCCUUCAGAACCUCAGCCGGCCAAUGAGAAGCCAGCGUCUGUGCCCAUCAGCAGCCAACCGGUGCCCGCGUCCCGUUGCGACGACCCGUCACGUCCUGCCCAGUCCCCCGCGUGGCGCCCGACGCAGCCUUCGUCAGCCAAUGACGCGCCGGCUCUCACCACAGCUACCUCGGAGGACGCUACGGAGACAGCCAAUCGACGAAGGGAGGAAGCAGACGACAGAAGCAGAAACGAGACCGCUUCCCGUCUCGCGACCAAUGAGAACACAGAAGCGGUUUCUUGCACCAAUGAAAAGGAAGAAUCAUCGUCCAAAACAGCCAAUCAUACCUCGAAAGCUCGACUCGCUGGGAUGAAACCCGCCUCCGACGCUAACAAAUGCAGGUCUGUCCGAACCCUCACCAGCUCGGAGCACCAGGACAUGAGGCGCGUCGUGCCCAUCUCCAGACCCAGCCGAGGUGCUCCGUUCCUGGGCAGACGUCCGGAGAAACCCCCUGGCCUCCAGCGGGGGCUCCUCCAGCGCGCUGCAGCAGCGGCUGCCGUCACCAACCCAAGCGCGCCCCUGAGGCGAGCAGAGAGGUCGUCGACUGCUCCUUCAUCUCGCCGCUCCAGCUUCUCCAAGGAGUCCGCGGACCCGAAGGUCUCCGCCCGAGAGCCGAGCCAGCAGCAGGACUCGCCGAGGAAGCCGUCAGUCAGGAAGCCGUCAGUCAGGAAGCCCUCAGCGAAGCCCAGAGCGCCCCCGGAGGAGAAGAUAUGUCGCUCCACGCUGCGGUCGCUUUCUCAGAACGCAGCAGUAGCCGGCCGCAGCGCCAGCGCUAUCCCUAUCCCGUUACACAAAGCCAGCUCAUCUUCCUCGCUUCAAGGUUUCGCCCGAAGCACGGCCUCGUCUUUCUUCAGACAAGCGCACGCCACCGUCUCAGACUCGUCCUCUAAAUCCUCCUCUUCGCCACGCGUCACUUCUCUCACCCGAGCGGGCUCGCUGAGAGUCCCCCGGUCCGCAGACCUCCUCAACCCGUCCUCCUCCUCCUCUUCCUCGCUGACGGGGUCUCAGAGCGCCAGGGCCAGUCCUCGCCGAGUCCCGCCGGUGCCCCCUAAAGGCCACGGCGGGCGGGACGACAGCGGAGGCAUCUUCUCCGACAAGUCGGCCAGGCCGAGCUGGAGAUGAGAAAAAGAUAAACGUCUAGAGCAGUGGUUCUCAAACUUAUUUUCAAUAAUGUACUCCCUUUUGAGUUGUUUCUUUAAGCCAUGUACCCCCCCUGA